ACAACUUCCGCCUUGCGUAAGAUUCCGGGUUGCAUGGUGAGAAAACGUGACUGGAUGACAAUCGAGUGACUGGAAUUUCGUGGAACAGAAGUGUAUUGAGAUUUUCGCAAUGAAGAUUUGGACGUCAGAUCACACUUUCGACCACCCGUGGGAGACUGUGGUGAAAGCAGCAUGGCGGAAGUACCCCAACCCCAUGAACCCGAGUGUGCAGGGAAUUGAUGUGGUAGAGAGGCAGGUUACGCCGGAUGGGAAGCUCAAGAGUCACAGGCUACUUAGUACAUCGUGGGGGCUGUCAGCAUGGGUUACAAAAAUUGUCGGCAUGGACCAAGUGUGCUACGCCAGUGAGCACUCGGAAGUGGACACAUCCAACAGGACACUCACCAUGAGGACAAGGAAUUUGACGUUCUGCAACGUGGUGACCGUGGAUGAGUACCUGUCCUAUGUGCCACACCCUGAGGACCGCACCAGGACCACACUGCACCAGGAGGCGGUUGUUACGGUGAAGGGAGUCCCUCUGGGCAGCUACCUCGAGACAGUCAUGACAGACUCUAUAUCCAACAAUGCAGGAAAGGGACGACAAGCUAUGGAGUGGGUGAUUGGGAGGAUCAAGACAGAAGCUCAGGACCUGAAACAGGAAGCUCAGAAGUGCAUGGACACUGUGUUACCGAAAACCCCCACCUCUCGCACAACGUCUUUAUGACGACCCAAAUCUGGGAGUUAGACUAGCAACCACUAAAGCAUCUUGUGAUACUCUUCCUUUCGUUCACCUUUCUGUUAUCACCUGAGAACAUUGACUGUCCAUUUCGACCCAUGACAAACUCAUAAUCUUUUCUUGGUUCGCUUAUUCGGGUAAACUUGCUGGCAACAAAGAAACUGUUUCACUGUCAUGGCAUAAUGGACCUGUCAAAGAGCAUUCCUUUCUGUGUGGAGUUUGCCAACUCCAAGCAGGGAUCCGUCAUGCGACACAUCACCACCUUCAGAUCCGUCACUGUCUUCACUUCAAUGAUCAAGCCACAGUUACACCCAAUUGUGGGUGUAUGGUAAUAACAAGUAAUCAAAUUUUGAGGUCCGGAGCCUGGCAGUAAAUCACUUGAUGCAAAUAAUGAAUGCGAAAUCCACUUCAUUACUGCUGGGUUCGACAUUGACAUUGGUCUGGUGUAAUAAUUCGAAUGCCUUUCUUGUCUCACAUAUUUUAUCUCAUUCUGUGUGUUAUGCUGUAUAUUGUCUUGAUCCAUACCAAGUCUGGUAUUUGAGCAGUUCUUUCCCAGCUUGAAUCAGUCUAACCUGUCUGACACAGGCCAUUGUCCUCUUGAGCCUUCUCUACAACACAUUGGUCACCUGGACAGGGAUGCAAUGGUCUCCGCACUGCAAUUUGCUGUGCAGAGUUGCAUCCCUUAGCCCCACCAGGACCUGCUGCUCAUUUGAAUCCCACAUUGUUAUGAUCCUUGUUCUGCGCUCACGGUUUCAUCAAAGUGGUAAAAGUCGACAACAUGCAUCUUUUCUCACUUAGGGCUUUCCUCCCACAUUAAGCUUACCUGCUGUGAUAUAACUGAAAUACUGUUACAAUCAGCGAUGACCCAACACCCACCCACUAAUGCUAAUCUGGAUGAUUUGGCUGACAUCCAAAUCGAUCAGGUUAUGAAGGAAAUAAGCAAUAAGAAGGUAUGUAGGAUUUGUUCACAUCUCUAAUUAAUCCCUGAUUAAUGAGAUUCAGGUUUUGUUCACAAAUUGAUGAUUUUGCUCCUGACAAUACCGACUUAGAUGCAACAAAGACCUCUGAGCCUAACAUGCAUGCCUGACCCUUUCAAAGAAACUCUGAAAAUGUAGAUUUUCUUUUCAAAUUGUCCAGUGUAUUCCAUUGCCAAACAACCUUAGUGAAUAUGUUUAAUUUAAGUUGAUCCAAACUUAACUCACUUUAAGCCUAGUAGCAGAGAAGCACAUAAUUGGUAAUUGCAAUGUGUUUGGAUUGGCAUGGAGGUACAUUAUUUACAUUUUCCCAACAAAAGAAGGGUAGUAUUACUGUCACCUGCUUCUGGGGCUUGUGAUCCUGCCAACUCUACCCACCUUGUUAUGCUGUUCUGGAUUGGUUGGAAUUAAUUAUCCCCAAAUUAAAGAAAAACAAUAAAUCUGACUAUUUGUAGCUAGGGCUAGCGAUCAUUACGGAUCAUGGAGAUCAAUAAUCGUCAACUAAAUAUCGAUCAAUUAUUGAUAUAUAUAGGAGAAGUAACUUUAAGCAAAUAUGCAAAAAUCUGAAAGAAAUCAACACACUUAUGACAUAUCUAUGCAUGGAUUACUCUUGGACAUAAAUGUUAGAGCAAAAACAGUUGCUUUCCUUCUUUGGCAAUUGACUUGAUUGAUAAUAACAAGUCUGUUCUGGUAAAUUUAAACUUUAUUUCAUCACAAUUUUUUAUGUGAGAUAUUAUCGAUGACACAAUUUUCAUAUCGAUUUUCGUUCUCAUGACGAUACUUCCAGUUAUCGAUCUUUUUAGCCAGCCCUAUUUGGAACUGAAAUUGCUGAAUUACUAGAAUAAUCUACAACCUUGCUUCAGUGUGUGUUACAUUCAUUGUAUUUGUCUGGGUGGGAUCUCGCCCUUCAGCUACAUUCCAGUUUCCCUGACGGUUCUGGUGUAAUUGUUUUCACUCUCAGACUUACCAUAUUUCUGCAUGAAUCAAACAAUCCAUCCAGAGAAUGAAAUAAUCAUCUGUAUCAAGUGUUGUUGAGGUUAUGCUACUCAAAUCUUGAUAGGGAUAUUCAUCUUGUCCAGUUGGGGACUGUAUGUAACUGUCUGCUUUGAGAUGUUGUCGUACAAAUAGUAUUUGAUACUGCCAUUGAACCAGCACAUCAGCCCAUUUGCCUGGAACAAGCUUGGCACUAAAGCUGUUGUAUGUCUAUCUUAGUGCUUCAAUUGUCGUUACUUCAUACCCUAAGAGGGGCGGUCGCGUAGCCUAGUGGUUAUAGUGUUCGCUCAUCACGCUGAAGACCUGGGUUCGAUUCCCGACAUGGGUACAAUGUGUGAAGCCCAUUUCUGGUGUCCCCCGCCGUGCUAUUGCUGGAAUAUUGCUAAAAGCGGCGUAAAACCAUACUCACUCACUCACUCGCUCGUACCCUAAGAUCUCUUCUUGGAGUGUAGACCUGACUUAAGGAGUAUGACCCAGGAGAGUUGCCCAAUACAUAACAGGGCUGUGGGAGAGGACUGGCCAUCAUAGGGAUUUGGACGAUCAUCAAAACAAAUAUUGGUGUGAAUUUCAUGAACUACUUUGGCAAAUAUUGCAUCCUUGAAGUAAAUCACCCAAAAAUGGAAAAACACUUUAAGAGGGUUGCUAUUCAUUACUAGUACAUAGUAAUAUAUCUGCACUAUAGUGGUGGGGUCCUGUAAGAGGCGUCUAACGGGAUCGGGUGGUCAGGCUCGCUGACUUGUUUGAUGCAUGUCUUUGUAUCCUAAUUGCGUGGAUCGAUGCUCAUGAUGUCAGUCACUGGAUUGUCUGGUUCAGACUCGAUUAUAUACAGACCACCGUCAUAUAGCUGAAAUAUUGCUGAGUGCGGCGUUAAACAACAAACAAACAAAGUAAUUGUGUCUUUAAGUGGACGAUUAUUUUAUAUUCUAGGGAAAGGGUGAGUUUGGAUUUUUGUUUGAAACGGAAUGUUUUUUAGUCACUGAUUGUUUUUUCUCCGUAAGGUGCCAAACAAUUUUUUUCACAACUGUUUUUUUCAGGACAUUCAUGUGUGGGAAACAAGUUCUUUUGUAAAAUUUGCAGCACUUUUUUCUCCCCUUUUAUUUCUCACCCUACACCCGCGCCAAGAAUAUAAAAUGGUCGAUGCUAGAGGCCCAUCUCCGCAUAAUAUCUUCAAACCACUUCCAUGACUUUGCAGUUCAGGAAACGUUUCAUGGCAGGGACAUUGUUUGAAGACAUAAUUUGUAUAUCAUGGCAUAUUUUUUAUUUAAUUUUUCCAAUUAACAAGGCAUAUAUUUGUGUAGUAAUAGCAUUUUAUUUAUUUCCAUGGUAACCAUUUGAAUAAUGGUGCACAAUUUUUAUUUGAGUGGAAUUUCUGUUAGUGCUGGAGCAUAUUAGCUUAAUCCCCUCACAAACAAAGUGCCUAAAAUAGCAACUGGUAUAGCCAUAUUUUUUUAGCUUAUGAAUGAGUCAUUGAGUGGCUUGCUUUAUAUUUUUGCUUUAAUGUAGGUUACUUUGAAUUGAGUGCGGCAUGUAUACAGUAUAAUGUGUACAGUUAUUAUGUUGUCGAGUACAUGAGCUUCAUGAAUGUACAUAAUUGGUGAUUAACUUUAUUAUUGAUAUGUGUGACACUGGAUAUGUUAUAAUGAUUAUUGGUUACCAUGGUUACCCAAUGGCCAACCUGCACCUGUGCUGCUAGAGAUCACUGAUAUGAUAUUGGGGUUAACGACCUGGGCCCGUUUAAAAAAUCAAAGGGGGGCACAUGUGGCCCAGUCGUCUCAGGCGCCGCGAUUCGCGGUGCAGAGUUGCGUCCAUGGGGCCCGCCAGAAACCUUUAAUAGUGGGUUCGCAGGUUCGCAGGUUUGUCGGCACCAUACCCAUGCUCGUGGGUUUCACCGAAGUGGUAAACGUCUGAGACCUGCAUCACUGCAGGCUUUCCUCCCACAUUAAGCUGACACACCGUGAUAUAACUGGAAUACUGUUAAAAGCGGCGUUAAACCAAACUCACUAUUUUCAAUUCGGGCAUACUGAUGUAACACCCCUGGAAUCAAAAUGUAUUAAUCUGGAACUGCUUUGAAAGCUCUUUUUGUCCAUUGCCAAUAUCAUGAAGAGCUUCCACAAGGCAUAUUUACCAUAUGAGCAGCAUUGGAUGUGUGUCCCAGUCAUAACCUGCACAGCUGAUGUGUCUGACACUGAACAAUGGUAUGUUAGACAUGGACUUUGUUAUGCAUUAUAUAUUUGAUCCUGAUACAUCUCGUAUUGCAGAGAAUGAAAAUUAACAAGUUUAGAUCCACGAUCAUUGUUCUCUUGAUCAGUUAUUGCCUCCUGUUUGAAUAAAUUUAUGCUGGUUUUUUUAAUACACUGAUAGUGAUAUACCCGUACAAAUGAAAAGGUAAAGAAGACCCGAUUCUUUCAUAUUACUGUAGUUAAUGUGUCAUGGCAUAUCCAAGAAUAGGGUCAUGCCAUGACUGAUUAACUAUAUUAUUUGAAAGAAUCAGGCAUUCUUGAACUUCUUUGAGUGGUAGUGUCAGCCCCACCUGACACAAUAAUAUGCCAAGCACUGCAGAGCAAAUGACUUUCUACAUUGUGCUAGCACAAAUAGUUGGUUAUUUUCUGAAUAAUUUUCUUUUUUCCAAAGCCAAAUGACUGAAUAUAUGCUGCUCUUUUAGAGUGAACCUCAUAAUACAAUUGUUUAUCCUCUAUACUCUGUUAGCUAAGUAAACAUAAGAAGCCUUGGCCCUGUUCUACAAAACGGUUUUAGCACUACGACUGUCGUAAGUCUGUGUUAGAGAAUGGGAGUAGUAAUCAACUCAGUGCUAAGACUUUUAGUGACAAGGCCUGGUCCACAAGGGCCAAGUGUUAACCCAUUAUGAGUGUUCAGUGUUUAAGUUAGCCAUAAAGUCAGCAGGCUCCUGUCCAUAAAACAAGAGGUGAGAAAUACAAACUUUGGGCGCCUUGUAGAUUAAAAUACUGGAGAAGAAAGUUUUAACACUGAUGUUUUAUUGGAGAUGUUUUCUUGCCUAUUUUGUUGAACUUAAAUUUACUGAUUGCUUAUGGUAGGUGUAGCAUUGUUUUUAUCAGAUCAAGAGUUUUCCAAGAAAAUGAUAUUUGGAAAUAGAGACUGCUGGUCAAAGAUAUGAUCAUGGUAAUGCACAUGAAAGCGCACUAUCCAAUUUGUUAUUGUUGAUUUUUGUUAUGUACUGUUAUUUUUUCUCUCAAAUAUUUUGUUUGUCAAUAGUCUAACAUUUCUUUUUUCCUAUAUUCCAAUAUCAGAAUGCAUCUGACUUGGUAAUCAGCACAGUUAUGUUCGAUAUAUAUUCAUGAUAUAUAUGUGAUAUAUAGAUAUAUUUAAUUACAUUAUUUUGUUUAUUUUGAAUAAAAAACAGUGAUGACAAGUGAUUUGUGUGAUUUGGAGAUUAUAGGACUUGUGUUUAUUAACUGUCAGGCAUCUGCUACCAGCUUUUCUGUGAAGAAAUCUUAACAUUGUAAUGAAGAAAAUGUUUUGAGAACCUGUGAAAUGCAUUUGUAUUGCCAUGGCAACAAAGAAUAAGUUAUUGUUAACAUAAGAAUAAUUUCAUGUCAACUAUGUUUUUUAAGAUGUGUAUUUAUCAUGUUUAUGUUUGAUCAAGUGGACAUAUUAUUGUGUGUCAGGUCUUUGGUUUUAAGUAAUGAAACAUGUUUUGUGCAGGAUAUUCAUGAAGAAUGACUCCAUCUUUGUUUUUGGGAUACUUGGAUACAACUGGAUACUUUACUUUAGCCAUUUGAGUGAUAAUUUGACAAACAUGAGUGAAUGUCGAUUGAUUUUGCUGAGAUGUAAUUUUUCAAGAAUAGGAGGAGGAAUAAAGUGAUUUUCUUAAA